AUGUCUUUAGUAGCAUUUUGCCUCGCCCAAUUUAGUGUAAGUAGUAGUUUUGCAGAAACAUGGGGUUGUCGAUUUUGGACAAUAGAACUAACAAUGGUUGGGCUAACGGGAUAUCUUGUCAUAUGGACGUGUAUAUUGACAUGCUUUUUGCUGUCAUCUUCGCCGCCGCCAUUUCUUGUACUAUGUUUUGCAAUAACAGGACUUUUCAUGCACCUACCAAACGGUAUAACUACUUUAGUAGAUUAUAUCUGUGGAUCAGAGUCGAUCUCUGCUUCUGAUUACUGUACCUAUUCACCUGUAACAUUAAUUGUUGCAAUACUUACAACUGCUAUCGGAGCACUUUAUGGAGCUCUAACUACAUUUAUUUUAUGCUGUAGAAGUGAUGAAUCUCCUGAAUGCGGAUAA